UUUAUUUUUUGGUUUGGUGUCGAGAUAUGGAAUGCAGAUCUGACUUCUAAGCGCUAUUAAUAGCGCUCCAUGCCACCUCUCAAGCUCGCGCUUCUCUCUUCGCUAUCCCUUGCCCCUCCUUGGUUCCCGUUCCUACUCCGCCGUCCAAGAAAAAUGGCAUCGCACAUUGUUGGAUAUCCUCGUAUGGGUCCCAAGAGAGAGCUCAAAUUUGCAUUGGAGUCCUUUUGGGAUGGGAAGAGCAGUGCCGAUGAUUUGCAAAAGGUUGCUACUGAUCUCAGACGUGCCAUUUGGAAGCAAAUGGCUGAUGCUGGCAUCAAAUACAUUCCCAGCAAUACUUUUUCUUAUUAUGAUCAAGUGCUUGAUACCACGGCAAUGCUUGGUGCGGUUCCCGAGAGGUACAACUAUACUGGUGGAGAGAUUGGAUUUGAUACUUAUUUCUCUAUGGCCAGGGGAAAUGCCUCUGUUCCUGCUAUGGAGAUGACCAAGUGGUUUGACACAAACUACCAUUUCAUUGUCCCUGAGUUGGGCCCACACACAAAGUUCUCAUACUCCUCUCACAAAGCAGUAUCUGAAUAUAAAGAGGCAAAGGCGUUGGGAAUUGAGACUGCCCCUGUUCUAAUUGGUCCUGUAACAUACUUAUUGCUGUCGAAACCUGCUAGAGGUGUUGAGAAGUCAUUUUCUCCUCUUUCACUUCUUAACAGCAUUCUUCCUGUUUACAAGGAAGUUAUUGCUGAGCUGAAAGAAGCUGGUGCUUCAUGGAUUCAGUUUGAUGAGCCAACACUUGUCAAGGAUCUUGAAUCCUACCAGAUAGAGGCAUUCACAAAGGCCUAUUCGGAACUAGAAUCAUCACUGUCUGGCUUAGAUGUGCUUAUUGAGACUUAUUUUGCUGAUGUGCCUGCAGAAACAUACAAGACUAUUACUGCUUUGAAGAGCGUCUCUGGUUUUGGUUUUGAUCUUAUCCGUGGAACAAAAACAGUUGACUUGAUCAAGACUGUAGGCUUCCCUGCUGGAAAGUAUCUUUUUGCUGGAGUUGUUGAUGGUAGAAACAUUUGGGCAAAUGAUCUUGCAUCAUCUCUCACCACCCUUGCUGCUCUUGAGGCCAUUGUUGGCAAAGACAAGCUUGUUGUAUCUACAUCAUGCUCACUCAUGCACACUGCUGUGGACCUUGUCAAUGAAACAAAAUUAGAUAAUGAGAUUAAGUCAUGGCUUGCUUUUGCUGCUCAAAAAGUGGUUGAAGUGAAUGCAUUGGCUAAGGCGUUAGCUGGUCAUAAGGAUGAGGCUUUCUUCUCAGCCAAUGCUGCUGCCCAGUCUUCAAGAAAGUCGUCUCCUAGGGUGACCAACCAAGAAGUUCAAAAAGCUGCUGCUGCUUUGAAGGGCUCUGACCAUCGCCGAGCCACCAAUGUUAGUGCUAGGCUAGACGCACAGCAGAAGAAGCUUAACCUUCCAAUUCUUCCUACAACCACAAUUGGUUCAUUCCCUCAGACGAUGGAUCUUCGCAGAGUCCGACGUGAAUACAAGGCAAAGAAAAUCUCUGAAGAGGAAUAUGUGAAGGCCAUCACAGAGGAAAUCAGCAAGGUUGUUAAACUCCAAGAAGAAUUUGAUAUUGAUGUUUUGGUCCACGGAGAGCCUGAGAGAAAUGACAUGGUUGAAUAUUUCGGAGAACAACUUUCGGGCUUUGCAUUCACUGUCAACGGUUGGGUGCAAUCUUAUGGUUCACGUUGUGUUAAGCCUCCCAUCAUUUACGGUGAUGUUAGCCGUCCCACCGCCAUGACAGUUUUCUGGUCUAAACUGGCCCAAAGCAUGACUGCUCGCCCAAUGAAGGGUAUGUUGACAGGUCCCGUCACAAUUCUCAACUGGUCCUUUGUUAGGAAUGACCAACCCAGGUUUGAGACUUGCUACCAGAUUGCUCUUGCUAUAAAGAAAGAGGUUGAGGAUUUAGAAGCGGCUGGUAUACAGGUUAUUCAAAUCGAUGAAGCAGCUCUUCGUGAAGGCCUUCCUCUCCGCAAGUCUGAGGAAGCUUUCUAUUUGGACUGGGCUGUUCAUUCCUUCAGAAUUACAAACUGUGGUGUUCAGGACACGACUCAGAUCCACACUCACAUGUGCUACUCUAACUUCAAUGACAUCAUCCAUUCCAUCAUUGACAUGGAUGCUGAUGUGAUCACAAUCGAGAACUCCCGGUCUGAUGAGAAGCUUCUGUCCGUGUUUCGUGAGGGAGUCAAGUACGGAGCUGGCAUUGGCCCAGGUGUGUAUGACAUCCACUCUCCUAGGAUUCCGACCACUGAAGAGAUUGCUGACCGCAUCAACAAAAUGCUUGCUGUGCUCGAGACUAACAUCCUCUGGGUCAACCCGGACUGCGGGCUCAAGACUCGCAAGUAUGCCGAAGUCAAGCCUGCACUUACCAACAUGGUUGCCGCGGCCAAGCUCCUCCGCACCCAAUUGGCCAGCGCUAAGUGAGAGACGCCCCAACUUUUUCGUGAUAUUUCUUAAUAACGUUGUUGGUGUGAGCCAUUUAUAAAUUGGUCAAAUGUUUCGCGUCUUGCUAGAAUUUUGUAGUACCGUCUGUUCAAGUGUUUCAGCUUAAUGAAUUCUCGUGAUUCUUGCUUGAUAA